GUGGCUACUAGAUUUUUCCACCGCGAAAAACUUCCCAUUACCAUCAGUUCUUCUGCAUUUUCGGAGUCACCGAUUCAGCGGCGGAGAAGAGGAAAUGGCCGUUCGAAGAUCGUCGAGUUCGAGGAAGAGAGUGGAUGCUGCUCCCUCCGACGCCGCCACCACUGGUCCUUCCCUUGUGAGAGCCAAAGACGGCAGUGCUUUUGCUCGAUGUGGUGAGUGCGGCAAAAGUGUUCCGGCCGCCCUAAUCAGCAUGCAUAGCUGUAGCCUCGAUACCAAAAUUAGAAUGAAUUUAGAGGCUCAGACUGUCGAGAAGCAAACUCAAGCUAAAAAGCCAGCUGAAAGGAAAAGAUCAGCACCAUCGGAACCAAAAGCCACUAAAUCCAAAACGGACAAGAGGAAGAAGAAAGACAAAGAUCCAAAUGCCCCCAAGCGCCCUCCUACAGCCUUCUUUAUCUUCAUGGAGGACUUCAGAAAGUCAUUUAAAGAAGCAAAUCCUGAUUCUAAAGGCGUUAAAGAGGUUGCAAAGGAGGGUGGUGAGAAAUGGAAAUCAAUGACUGAUGAAGAGAAGAAGCCUUACCAGGAUAAAGCUGCCGAGCUGAAAGCAGAGUACGAAAAAGCCUUGGAAACCCGAAACACUGAGAACGAGGAUGAUGAGAAAGACACAGAAGAGGUUACAGAGAAGGAGGCAGAGAAAGUAACAGAUGAGUAAAACAUUCCCAAGUUAGUCUUUUGUGAUAGUAAAUAGCUAGAAACAGCAUCAUCGCUUGGUUCCUUUUGUAAAUUCUCUAAUUUAGCCAAAAACCGCCGUUGGAUUCUAUGGUUGCGUCACAAGCAAAUAUAGUACCCAUGCUUAUUAGUCUAGACCCGCACACAUCGGCUAGCCUCUUCUUAGCAUACCCAUUUUAAAACCGAGAGGAAAAGUUUGGGAUGAAAACCAAAACAUGAUAAUAUGGGAGGCUUCGUAUCUCGUGUCUGAACCGUUCUAACUAACCCAAUGAGAAUUGGAGUGCCUAAUGGGGUUGGGCUUUUGUAAAACUUUUUGGCCUUUUCUGACAGUUUUAUGGCCAUAUGCGUCCGCCAUUUGUUUGAAUGAUAUCAUAUUUUGGUGCA